AUGAACAACCUCACCAUCUUCACUGACUUCCUCCUCCUUGGACUGUCUGCUGAUCCGCACAUCCAGGCUCUACUCUUUGUGCUGUUCCUGGGGGUUUACCUCCUGACCCUAGCUGGAAACUUGGUGAUGAUUUGGGUGAUCAAACAGGAUUCUCAUCUCCACACCCCUAUGUACUUCUUUCUCGGACAUCUGUCCUUUCUGGACAUCUGCUUCUCUUCCGUCACUAUGCCCAAAAUGCUGCAGAACUUCCUAUCUCAGAAGAAAAGCAUCUCAGUAUGGGGCUGUAUCACCCAGAGUUUCUUCUUUCUUCUCUCUGGAUGUGCUGAGGCCAGUCUGCUCUCUGCCAUGGCCUAUGACCGCUAUGCUGCCAUCUGCCACCCUCUGCUCUACACUGCAGUCAUGAACAGGUCUCUCUGCACUGCCCUGGUCAGUGCAGCAUGGGUGAUGGGGUUUCUGAACUCACUAGUGAAUAAUCUUUUCAUCCACCAGUUAUAUUUCUGUGGGUCCAACACCAUAGCCCACUUCAUCUGUGAGCUGCCUUCACUCUUCCCUCUCUCCUGUACUGAUCCCACGGCCAAUGAGUUACUUCUGUCAGGGUCCAGUGCCUUUCUGGGGCUGCUGACACUCCCCCUGAUCAUCUUUUCUUACUGCAGAAUCAUUUCUGCCAUACUGAGCAUGCACUCCUCUGGGGGCCAAGGCAAAGCCUUCUCCACCUGCUCCUCCCACCUCACCGUGGUGCUCUUGUUCUAUGGUACUGCUCUCUUCAGGUACAUCAGCCACACCUCAGGCUCACUAUGGGAGCAAGUGGUCUCCAUCCAGUACAGUGUAAUCACAUCCUUGCUCAAUCCCCUCAUCUACAGUCUAAAGAACCAGGAGGUGAAGGCUGCUCUGCAGAGAAUGCUCAGGCAGCAGAUAUGUUCCCUAGAGGAGGGAAUGUCUGUAUGGUAUUCAGUCAGAGAAUUAGGGGAAAGGGAUCUUCAGAAACACCUUAAGAAGAAGAAAGGCAUUUUGAAUCAGACGUUCUCAGAGCGUCAUCUCCAGACCAGCAUCAGCAUGCCCUCCGUGCUUUGUCUGACGGCAGAUUUUCAGCCACAUGCCAGAUCGGCCGAGUAA